CAGUCCAACCCUAAAAUCUAAAUCUAAAUUAAGAAGAAACAAAAAGUCCAACCCUAAACCCUUGUGUCCGAGCCGGAGUUUUGCUUCUCACUGUUUUCCUCCCCGAGAGAAGAGAGAUUAGUAGGAGCAACAAAGAAAAUGGAUGGCGCAGAAGAGAUGGAGAUAGAACAACAACCGCUCCCUCUUCCUAUUCCCAACACUUCUUCUAAGCGUUUUGGUAUCAAAAACUCUAUUCAGACUAACUUCGGCGACGAUUACGUUUUCCAAAUCGUUCCCAAAAAUGACUGGACAUCAAUGGCGGUAUCACUCUCAACUAAUGCAAUUAAAUUGUACUCAGCCGCAACAGGCCAGUACAUUGGGGAAUGUAAUGGUCAUUCCUCCACCAUUAAUCAAAUUGCCUUUUCAGGUCCUUCGUCGCCACAUGUACUACACUCUUGCUCUUCCGAUGGUACUCUCAGAGCUUGGGAUACCAGGUCUUUUCAGCAGGUGUUUUCAGUAAGUGGUGGCCCUUCUCAAGAGAUAUUUAGUUUCUCCUUCGGUGGAGCCAAUCACAAUCUGCUUGCUGCUGGCUGUAAUCCUCAGCUACUCUUCUGGGAUUGGAGGACCAAGCGCCAGGUUGCCUGCUUGGAGGAUUCUCAUACCGAAGAUGUUACGCAGGUGCACUUCAUUCCAGGCUAUGAUGAUAGUCUCAUUUCCGCAUCUGUUGAUGGAUUGAUAUGUCUAUUUGAUACUGGUGGAGAUAUCAACGAUGAUGAUCACUUGGUAUCAGUACUCAAUGUGGGAACCUCUGUUGGAAAAGUGGGAUUUCUUGGGGAGAAGAAUCAGAAGCUUUGGUGUUUAACGCAUAUUGAAACUUUAAGAUUUCUUUUUCUGUGCAGUUUCUGGGACUGGAAAGAUGAAAGAAUUGAAGCCAGUUUUGAGGAUGCUAGAGCUUUAGCCUCUAAGAGCUGGAUCACAGACCAUGUUGAUUAUUUUGUUGAUUGCCACUAUUCAGCGGAGGAAGACCGUUUCUGGGUGAUUGGCGGGACGAAUGGUGGUUCCUUGGCCUAUUUCCCUGUAAAUUAUAAAGAAACGCGAGCCAUUGGUCCUCCAGAAGCAGUUUUGAGCGGUGGACAUGAAGGCAUUAUUAGGAGUGUCUUGUCUGGCGUGCCAGGUGAGACCAUGGAUAACCACGGUAUUUUUGGAUGGACAGGUGGUGAAGAUGGCCGCCUAUGUUGCUGGCUGUCGGAUGGUUCUGAUAAUAGCCAAUCAUGGAUCUCUACUCUUGCUCUGAAAUCGGAGAAGACCCGCAGAAAGAGCAGACAUUCUCCGUAUUAGCAAUUUUCCUUUGGAUGGAAGAUUAUGUUGUAUAUUAGUUUUUAAUAUUAUGUCUCAUAAUUAUAUCAAUGUUGUCGUAAUUCACCGGUCAGGCUUGCUUCAUUUUGCAAUAUGCCAUCUUUCUUGGUUUGUUCCUUUUUUUUCUUUUUUUAAAUUAUUUUGGAAAGGCGCUUGAGCUCGAUAAGAUUGUGAGGGCGCACAAGAGCAAGUGUAAUACAUCUUUGGAUUAUCCUGAUGGAAACCAGUAGUUGUCCCAUUACUGAAUUUUUGAUUGUUCA